AUGUGUCAAGCGUGGCUCGAAAGCGGCAUAUGCAGUUUUGGAGAAAACUGUCGUUUUGCACAUGGCGAAGGAGAACUACGCCCUUCCAAGUUACCGAUGAAAAAUCCGAAAUACAAGACAAAAUUGUGUGACAAAUACACAAUGGCUGGUCUGUGUCCGUUACCGAUAAAAAAUCCGAAAUACAAGACAAAAUUGUGUGACAAAUACACAAUGGCUGGUCUGUGUCCGUACGGUGACCGUUGUUUGUUCAUUCACCCGGAGGCAUCUGUUGCACCUAAUCCGUACAUGCGUCUUGAUCGGUAUUUGAAAAUCCAGCACGAGCGCGGUGUUCUAAUGUCGGUGAAUGGUGCGGGUUCGGGAGCACCCCAAACGCCAUUGUCGAGUCGCACGACAAGUCGUCCUCCACCAUCUUGGCCGCUUGAGCCGCCAGCGUUCUUCACUGCUCAUCGCGAUCAGGAUCAGCUGCACACCUUGCCUGUUCCUACAGAACACAUACAGCCAGCGUCUCUGCAGUCGUCAUCUACUUCUACGCUUGGUUUGUUUUACUGCUCUCGCAGAUUGGAAGCCUGCAAGGCUUCAACGUUUUAA